CUACUUUUCGUUGUGAUCACAGGCUGGGUGGUCCUCUCUGGAAAGACACGUGUUGCAGACCCUCAUGCAAACUUCCGCAACGCGUUUGCUGGUAGCUCCCAAAGUAGCAAUGAUUAUGCUACGGCCACCUUCAAAGUUCUCAACGCAUAUUCCGGAUGGUCAAAUGUCAACUACGUGAUGAACAACGUUCGUGAUCCCGUGCGAACGCUUCGCAUCGCUGGACCUCUUGGUCUUGGCAUCUGUGCGGUGUUAUACCUCCUUGCCAAUGUUGCAUACUUUGCAGCAGCCACUAAGGAAGAAAUUCAGAAUAGCGGCGUGACUGUUGCUUCACUGUUCUUUGGGCAAGUGUUUGGAAAUGCCGCAGAAAGGGCGUUGUCUGUUUUCGUUGCACUCAGUGCAUUGGGGAAUGUCAUUACUAUAACUUUCGCAGCUUCUCGUGUUAAUCAAGAACUCGCGAAGGAGGGCAUUCCUCUACCUUUUGGUAACAGAUUUUGGGCAUCCAACUGGCCAACAGGUAAAUCACCUCUCCCCGGGCUUAUUAUCCACCUGAUCCCAUCGGUUAUUAUCAUUCUCGGGCCACCUCCAAAUGUCGCAUAUCCAUUUAUUCUUGACAUUGAGGGUUAUCCUCAGCAGAUCAUUAACUUAUUCAUCGUGAUUGGUCUGUUUUGGCUGAGAUGGAAGAAGCCUCACGCGGUCCGGCCCUUCAAAGUGUGGUGGCCCGUGGCAGUAUUCUUCCUUGCUGCCGCCGUAUUCUUGCUCGUUGCUCCAUUUCUCCGUCCCGCAGGUGGAGUCGGCGAUACGCCUCCACUACCAUAUUAUUUGUAUUGUCUUGUUGGAAUCGCGAUUAUGGUCGCCGGGGUGUUGUAUUGGGCAGCAUGGCGGGUAAUUAUGCCCGUAGUGUUUGGAUUUGAAUAUGUACCACGGAAGGAAGCUCUCGACGAUGGCACAGUUGUCACGCUUUUUUCACGAAAGAAGGUAGAAUAGACGAGAGUGCCUGGUAUAUGUUGAUGUUUGCUUAUUUGUUUUCGCAAAAGCUAGAGACAUACUUGUUUGUGUAUUCUGUGCCCAUGCCACUGCCACUUCAUAAUACUCUUCUGUCAAUGUAAUCACUUCCUCUGACCUUUGUUACGUACUUUAUAUCGUUCCUUUGUCUAUUUAUUGACCACUCGUUGCUCGGUGGCCAUAUCACAAUCGAGCGUCCUGGGUCGUUCCGGGU